UUUGGGACAUGAGAUCAGUUCUCAACUACAUGUUGUGACGGUGUGUGACAACACACCAAAUUCACGACACUAAAAAAACCGGGCUCAAAAACAGGUGCUCGGACCACGACAGACAAUACAGUUUGAAAGUUGCUGAUGAUUUUCACAUGACCGCACAAUGGCAGCUACAAUGAGCGAAAACGGGACAAAUCACAACACAAACGGCUGUAAAGGAGAUGAGUGCAGUGGUGAUGCACGAAAGAAAAGACACGAUGAGGAACAUUACCUUGAUGCCAUUCAACAGAUUUUUGACCAUGGUACUCGUAAAUCCAACAGAACCGGCAUCGACACCCUCUCUAUCUUUGGUAUGCAGAUGAGAUACAAUCUAAGAGAAGAUUUCCCCCUGCUGACUACCAAGCGUGUAUUCUGGCGUGGCGUUGCGGAGGAGCUGAUCUGGUUUAUUCAAGGUUGUACCAAUGGAAACAAACUGAAGGAGAAAAACAUUCAUAUCUGGGAUGCCAACGGUUCCAAAGAGUUUCUCAGUGGCCUUGGCCUUGGCGACCGUGAGGACGGUGAUCUUGGUCCUGUGUAUGGUUUCCAAUGGCGACACUUUGGAGCUGAAUACAAGGACAUGCACGCAGACUACACCGGAAAGGGCAUAGACCAACUGAGAGAUGUCAUUGAUAAAAUAAAGAACAAACCUGAUGAUAGGCGCAUUAUCAUGUCCGCCUGGAAUCCUCCAGAUUUACCCAAAAUGGCUCUUCCUCCCUGUCAUGCCUUUGUCCAGUUCUAUGUUGCCAACGGUGAGCUGUCGUGUCAGCUGUACCAGCGAUCAGCAGAUAUGGGACUUGGUGUACCAUUCAACAUUGCCAGUUACGCUCUGUUAACCUGCAUGAUCGCCCAUGUGACAGAUCUCAAGCCUGGUGACUUUGUACAUACCUUGGGAGAUGCUCAUGUAUAUGUGAACCAUGUUGAACCCUUGAAAAUACAGCUUGCUAGAGAACCCAAGCCAUUCCCGAAACUUCUGAUCAAAAGGAAAGUGGAAGACAUUGAUGAUUUCAAAUUUGAAGACUUUGAAAUUGUGGGCUAUCAACCUCACCCCAAAAUCGCUAUGGAAAUGGCAGUGUGAUGGGGACAAAGUCUAGUGUGUGGAGGAUGUGCAAUUAGAUCUGACAGUGAUUCUGUUUUGAAAGUCUUUUUUCAACAAAUCAUGCAAAUAACAAAUUCUCACAAGAAACUGCACCUUAUAUGGUUCAAAAUAUAACCACUUAUACUUAUAUAUAUUUUUACAAGAUUUGUCUAUAUCUCAAAAAAUUGAAGUUACACAAACCUUGUUCUACAAUUUCCAGUGAGGAAGCUGAAGGAACAGAUUUUUUUUGCUGCAAUAUCUGGGGACUGGAUACAUAAUACAGAUUACUGGAGUUGUGAUUUCAUGCAUUUGCAUUAAUAUUUUGCAAUUGAGAUUGUUGUAAAGCUGUGGAAAGUUUGUCUCUGAGUUAGGUGAGUUAGGUACAAAACCUGUUUUGGGAGGGUACUGUUGCUGUAUACCUGUAUGUGUAAGUUUUUGAUGUUUUAUUUGUGUUUAUUUUUGUACUUGAUAUUGGUGCCAUGUCUGCCUUAUUGGACUUCACAUUAAAUACAUUUUCUUGAAAACAGACA